AUGGCAAGUGAAACGUGCCGUAUGUACACGGCAGUAGCGCGGCCGGCGUGCGGCGGCCGCGCGUUCCGAAUGCGGGUUGCGUGUGUCCGCGGCUUCAGUCUCGAGAAAAUGAUUUAUAUUGUUUGUGUAGCGGCGGGAGGCAAGCGGGAGGCCGCGGGGGAAGCUUUCUCAAGCAGAUCCAGUCCACUGCAGAUAUGGGCGAGUAUUAUUAUUGAUCCGGCUCGGGCGGCGGUCGGCGGUCGGCAUUUCCUACCGCUCAUACUCGGGCGGGCGGGGGUGCCGGCCGCCGCCCGACAUAUUUAUUGA